AUGAAAGAUUUAGCAAUACAAAUUAAAUGUAUUGGAUUAUUUAUUCAAGGUUAUAAACCAUUACUUGAAUUUAUUGAAAUUGGUGGAACUCAAAUUUUAUUAGAAGUUCUUGGAUUUCAUUAUUAUAAGAAUGAAAAUGAAGAUAAAAAAGAAGCUUUAUUACUUUUAACAAAUAUUGCUAAUAAUGGUAGAAAAUAUAAAGAAGUUAUUUGUUUUGAUAAUGGUUUAGAUUUAUUAAGAAAUUCAAUCAUUUAUAUUCCAUCUAUAGAUAUUAAUUUAAUUGCAAAGAAUUUUAUUGUUUCAAUUUAUCAAGGAAAUCCAAAACAUUCAAAUGAUAUUUUAGAAUUAUUAUUUGAUAUAUUUAGAAAUCAUUCAUCUCCAAAUAAUUGGAAAACCAUAAGUGCACAUUUAAGUUCAAAUAAUACUCCAAGAAGAAAUUCAACUAUUAAUUUAUUAGAUAAUAAUUCACAACAGCAACAACAAACUCAACAACAAGAAAUGAAUGCAUUUUCAUCACCACGUUCAAUAUUUAAUUCACCUAGAGUAUUUGGUAAUUUUUUAAUGUCUCCAAGAACACCAAAUGUUGCACACAUUACUAAUACCACUACUAAUUCAACUACUGCAACUUCUAAAAAUGUAAUUCAAUCACCCUCCUCUUCAAUUUCAUUUCAACCAGGUUUAACAACACCUAAAAAUGAAGCCACUCCAAAACAACAAUCACUUCCAUUCACAAAAUUUACAUUCCUUAAUGUUGUUGAAACUGCUAGAAAUCAAUUAGCAUCAGCUGAAGAAUUUAGAAAAUCAUUCGAUCCUUCAAAUACAAAUAAUAAUAUGAACAAUAGUAAUAAUACAAAUACAAAUAAUACAAAUAAUACAAAUACAAAUGACAAUGCAAAUUCAAUUGAAUUAUCAACACAAUCAAUAUUAUUAAUAUAUUCAAUGAUAAAAGAAAUAUCCAAAUCUAUUAAAAUUGAACAAAUGAGAGAAACAAGAGUAUUAGAUAUAAUAUUUAUGAAUUUAUCAGAUGAAGAUAUUAGAGUAGUAAGAGAAAGUGUUGAAAUGGUUAAAAUAGCAAUGCAAUAUCCAGAUGAAAAUGAAAUAUUUUCAGAAAUGUUAAUACAUAGAUCAAUACAAGGAUUAUCAAUGAUUGUAAUUGUUUUAGGAAAGAGAAGAUUUAAAACUAUUUUAAAACAAUUUUUUAAAAAUUCAAAUUAUUUAAAUAAUUCAAAAGAAGAAAUUAAUUAUUCAAAGAAUUUUUUAAAUUUAAUAUUUGGAGCAUGUUCAAUUAUGAAUUUAAUUUUAGAAAAUGCAAUUGAACAUGUUAAUAUUUGUAAAAUAAUGUUUGAAAGUAAUAUUAUAUUAACUUUAAUAGAAAGUAUUUUAAUUAUUAAAGAAAAAUAUGGUGAUACACAUUAUUGUGUUGAUACAUCAAAAGAAAUGACACAAUUGUUAAGGGUAAUUUAUUAA